UCAUCGGCAUCAUCCUCCAAGCGUUCAUCACUCACUUCUAUAUCAUCAAGCUGGUUGCACCACAAUGGUCUGAAUCAGACCUUCUCUGGUGGAGUUCCAACUUCGUCUUUUUCGGCCUUUACAUUAUUGCAACCAUGCCAGCACCGCAGAGCCGGCAGGAGAACGAUGUUGUUUCGUCCUGCACACGGUCAUUUCUAGAGCUACUGCCGACUGCUCGCCAGAUGCGGGAAUUAGCAACACAGACCACAUAUGGAAACCAUCCAGACUAUAUCCUGCACAUCAGCGAUGGUGGACAUAUGGAGAAUCUUGGCCUGCUCCCGUUGCUACGGCGACAAACGGACUACAUCAUCUUGGCGGACGGUUCGCGUCAUGACAUCAUCGACCGUGCGAACUUGCUGUGGAAAGCAAUGAACUAUGCGCGCAUGUGGCUGGGCUGCCAGUUCACCACCUUGAACGACACGGACGUCGAUGAGCACAUGCUGCGUAAGAUGGGAUACCAGAGCAACGGAUCGGCACCGCAGGCGUACGGCCUCAAGGUGAAGUACAUGGGCCAGAAUGAGCGCGGUGAAGAAGAAGUUGUCAAGGAGGGUCGCAUUCUAAUGGUACAGCCUCGUCAUCCACGCUACAGAGUGGAAGGUGCCUGGUCUGGCCCCACUGAUGAGGAUUGGACCGUGGAAAAAGCUGACAAUCUUGUUGGUGCAUUCACCCGGAGCAUGAGUGGCAAGUACAAAGACUUCUUCACCCGCCUGUCUGGGUCCUAUCCGGGGUACGGAGGACCAUGGCUUGGACCUUUCUCCACGCCCAGCAUGAUCGAGGCCCUCAUGGCGGACGGGAGGCGAGUCACACAGUCGCCGGCAAUGAAGGAGUUCCUCGGUGACCUCUGCACUGACCGACUGAGAGAAGAAGAGUAUGUUUCCUGCCUCUCACAAGAUGUGGAGACACCUACGGAAGCCGAGAGUCGACCACUGGACCGCAGUACUCUGCAGUACUCUAUUCCGCGCAGCAUCGUGAAGCACACUCACUCCCAGUGCUCUCUACUGAGAAGCCCGAAGCCCAUGCCUGGUGUGAACAAUGCGCCCAGCGCCUUGCACUCCCUGCCGGAGGAAUGCGUUGAUGAUGAGAACGGUGUGUAAGCAGUGGCUUCCUAUGGCUUAGUGUUUCAGCGUAAUUUUACGUGUUUUGAAGAAAAAUUAAUCCUCGUGACAGCUUGACAACAUACGGGUCACACCUCACAACACCGCUAGUGGUGCGUCUCGUGCACCAGUCGAGACCACAUGUUGGCCGGGUGCACCGAGUCUCAGCCCCCUCUUGCUCCGCGGUUCUAGCAAUGUUGCAGCCUACGGGCACUUGUAAGAAAUAGAAAUAAACGAUGCUGACUAUAAAGAUAGCACUGCCCUCAGUAUCGUGCACAACAUUUAAAUAUUCCUGCAUCUGCACCACCUCCGUACAAAAUGUCCUCACUGUGACAUGCAUAUAGUUAGGCAUGUCAUAGCUCAUGUUAAUAUCACAGAUUGGAUCACAUACCAUUUCUCUCAUACCGUCGACACACAGGCUAGACACAUGAGAAUAUUACACACUUUUAGAAUGAGUUGAGCAGCCUGAAUCACCAGCAGUGCAGCUGUAUUCAAUAAAGAAAGAGGGCAAUUGUGUAAUACAUAUUGACCAAUAAUGUGUAAAAUUAUGAGUGAUUUUACGAAUCUCGCACAUCAGAUGGGCUGUAGCUAAUACUUGGUAAUGCACAUUGUGUGUUGGCUUUCAUUACGGUCAUGAAUUCGAUAAUUUUGUAAUUUUUUAUUUAUGGCUGCAAUGCAACUUUAUUAUUGUUGAUUUUUCCACGAUUCCCCAGAUGAGCAGGCCUUGAAACCGUUCAGGAAUGAACAGGUUUGUGAUUUUCCACAUUGCUGUUGAGCCGCUUUCUAUACUGAUUGCUAUCAUAUGUUCACAUUGCCUCGCAAAUUAUCAAAUUUAAUUACUACCUUGGC